AUGACUCAAGAAGUAUUGGAAGCCUUACAGGAAAGACCUCAGGAUAUAUUCAAAUUAUUCCAAAAAGAUGCCGAAUCAGAAAACAUAUUCAAUAUACUAGCAAAAUCUUUUUUGGAUCCAAUUGCAAAAGAUUAUUCUGUACUUGAUGAGAUUUAUGUAGAUGGAUUAGACUCGUCGCAAGUCUUUGGACAAACAAAAAUGGUGUUGGAAGGGGUUGGACGAUCGUUACUUUCUGAAAAGAUCCCAACUUUGAAAGAAAAGUAUGGAGGUUUUGAAGAACAAGAUGAGGAAGAUGAAGAUGAGGUUGAAGAGGAACAAGAUGAGAUUGAUGAAGGCUUAAGUAGUGAAGAAGAUCAUAGCGAUGAGCUUGAAGAACGUGGCGAAGGCGAUGAUAGCGAAGCCUUUGAUGAAGAAGAACAAGAAGAAGUGUCGGAUUUGGAAGAUGACGAAGAUGAAGCCAGAACAUUACAUGAAAAUGAACAAGAAGAUGGGGAAACUGAAGUUGGAUCCGAUACUGAGAAUGAACACAAGAAAGAUGCAUUUGGAUUAAAUGAUGGAUUCUUUGACAUUGACGAAUUUAAUAAACAAAUUGUAGCUUUAGAAGACGAUCAACCUGAUGCUGAAGACGAAGAAGAAAUCGACUAUUUCGCAAAUUUAAGUGAUGAAGAUGAAGAUGAAGAAGAAGACAUGGAAUAUUAUGAUGAUUUCUAUGAUAAACCAGGUAAGUUCAAAACUAGCGAAGUUGCCAGCAAGAAAGCACAAGACCAAGAAUCGGAUGAAGAAGAUUUUGAUGAAGGUGAAUUCGGAGAAGAAGAAUACGAUAAAGCUGUUGGAUCAGCCAUGUUGGAUUUAUUUGCAGAUGAAGAUGAAGUCAAGCAAGACGAAAAACCAAUUGAAAAUAUGUCAUCAUUUGAAAAGCAACAAAGAGCUAUUCAAGCGGAAAUUUCUAAAUUGGAAGCUGAAUUGAUUGCUGAUAAAAAAUGGACUAUGAAGGGAGAGACAACGGCUAUUCAAAGACCUAAAGAUUCUUUAUUGGAAGAACAAGAGUUGGAUUUCGACCGUACUGCCAAACCAGUACCUAUAAUAACACAAGAAGUUACUGAGACUUUGGAAGAUUUGAUUCGUAAAAGAAUUAAGAAUGAUGAUUUUAAUGAUUUACCAAAACGUAUAAUAACAGAUAUUUCUAAAUUCCACAACAGACAAAGAGCUGAAGUUUCUGAACAAAAAUCAUCCAAAUCUUUAGCUGAACUUUAUGAAGAUGAAUUCAAUCAAGUCGAUGGCCAACAAGAAGAAAUAAAUGAAGAAAUCAAGAAACAACAUGAUGAAAUCACUGAAUUAUUCACAAAUAUCACUCAUAAAUUAGAUGCAUUAUGUUCUGCUCACUUCGUACCUAAACCACAUUCACUCAAGACUCUCGAGAUUAAAGUCACAGACGCAUCCGCUCCAUCUAUUAGUAUGGAAGAUGCACAACCAUUGCAUGUUUCAACUGAAACUACGUUGGCUCCUCAAGAAAUUUACAAAAUCGGUGAUGAUGCAGUUCGUGGUGAUGGUGUAAGAGGGAAAUCUCAAGUUCAAUUAAAGUCAGGUUUAUCUUAUUCUAAAGAUGAACUAAAUAGAGAAGAGAAACAAAGAUUGAGAAGAGCAAAUAAGAGGAAGAAGGCUAAGGAUUUCAGAGAUAGAGAAGAAUAUAAGCGUCAAAAACAAAUGCAAACUCCAGUUAACGAAAAUAAGAAACAAAGAACUAGUGAAGUCAUUGAUACUUUGUCUAAAGCAAAGAAUAUUACUGUUAUUGGCAAAAAGGGUGAAAGAACAGAUGUUAAGGGUAAAUUGGUGAAGUCUGUUUCUCAACAAAACUCCUCCAAUUUUAAAUUGUAA